AGAGGGAAAAGAGAAAGAGAGAAAUGCUCAACGCAUGCGUCUCGUCUGUGCCGAGCCGACGACGGGCGCACCGGCUCACGGUUUAUAUUAGUUUACAUUAGGACAGGCACAUAUAGACACCGCAAAUGCUCGUGGAUAAAACUAAACUAACUAACAUCAACAUGAACAGCAAGAGUGCAUUACUGGUGCAACGAUGGAUGCUCCAACCGCGCGUGUUGCUCGUUCUCAUUUUGCUGCAAUUUAUCAUUCAGUUUUUCACAUCUGUCUAUCUGUACAAGUAUGUCACGAACGUGGACAGCGAUCUUCGCUUGGUAAAAAGUCAGUAUCCACCGGCUUUUCCGCGGCGGAGACGCAGCAGCGCAUUGCCAACCGGCGAAGACAAUACAGUUUCUGACAUAGCAAGUAGGCUUCGGGAGGAUAAGGAAAUCCAAGGUACAAGGAAAGUAACAGCCUCCCCUAUCAUGGUAUCUGGCUCUGCGUCUUCGCCAACAGUGGCCGGAGGUCAAGACUGGGUCUGGUUGAACGCCGACACGCGAAUACAAUUCGAUGCGAUCGAGAAUUUUUGCCGUUCAUCUGCAAAGUAUUGCCCACCGGGCCUUCCUGGUGCUCCUGGAAAUCCAGGUCCACCUGGUGAACCGGGUCUGCCUGGUAUCCAGGGAAUGGUGGGACCGAAAGGACCUCCUGGACAACCCGGUCAUCCUGGUGUCAGAGGACCCAAAGGCGACAUCGGUCCACCAGGGUUCGACGGAAGAGACGGUGUACCUGGUGAACCCGGUUUGGACGGGAUUCCCGGUAGAAGCGGUCUGGAUGAUCCCGGGACCAAUGGUAAGCCGGGUAUAAACGGGUCGCCUGGAUCGCCUGGAAGAAAUGGAACAGACGGAAGACCCGGUCAAAUGGGACCUCAAGGACCACCAGGACCGCGCGGAGACUUAGGUCCGCCCGGUCGAUCCGGAAUGCCCGGAAACAACGGUAAGCCGGGUAUACAGGCUUACAAAGUGAACAUCAAUGACCACAGCAUGCAUGACAUAUUAAUACCGCCAUCCAUUCUAGAGAUCGCAUCGCCGUUGAACGCGAGCGACGUAAUUUCCGUGCAAGAAGGCAGCAAUAUACGACUGAGAUGUGCAGCUAGUGGGAAACCGCAACCCGUUAUACAGUGGGCCAAAAUAGACGGUUCGACGAUACCUAUGGGAACUUGGCACGUGAAUUCGAUAGUGAGCCCGAGCCAUACUUUUAAUAUCACCACGGUCACCCGAGAACACAUGGGCGAAUAUGUGUGUAACGCCAACAACGGGAUAGCACCAGCAACUUCCAAAAAAUUCAAGCUCCAAGUCAGAUUUCCGCCGUUUAUUCGUAUACGCAGCAAGGUGGUUCUCGUGCGAAACCAAAAUCCUGCGACGUUGGAAUGCGAGGUGGAGGCCUUUCCCGAGCCGGUGGUGCACUGGGAACGUGGGGACGGUCGUCGUUUGAAGAUAUCGGAUAAAUACAGGACGGAGAUUUAUGACCGGCGAGAUUAUAAGUUGAAGAUGAAGCUAAGAAUCACGAGAGUGACGUCGGCGGAUCACGGGAUUUAUCACUGCGUGGCGAAAAAUGAUCUUGACAUCAUCAAGGGAUCCUUUAUAGUGGACGACGACAUGAGAGACGUCGAGAAACUGAAGUUGGGGAAGGACGUUACGUAUGGUCAGCCUAUGCCUCCGAGCGUCGAUCAGGAGCAAGAAAUGUGCAUUCCUAAAGAAAGCUGCACGUCUUGCCCCAAGUGCACGUACACAGACAUAGUCGACGCGUACGUGAACGUUCAACCCUUGCGCGGGAUUAACGUAACGCGGCCGCUAUCGCCGUUAGCAGAGGGUUUGAUAGAAGCCGUGGGAAAACCCGUGCUGAAAGGAAGCAUGGACGAUUAUUAUGGAUGCUGGAUGCACGACGCGUCUUCCUCGCGAUAUCCUCACGAUAUCAUGUCCGAUCGGCUCUUUGUGACUCGCACGGCCAACACGUCCUACAUCUACGAGUACAAAUCGAAGGAACACUUCAAAAACGAGACGGGUAGUCCGAUAAAGCUGCCCCAACCCUUUUCGGGUAACGGGCACGUAGUUUACAACAAGUCGUUCUUCUACAAUCCCCAAAAUCAGUCGUCGGUCUUGCGAUUUGAUCUCUACGGAUCGGAAUGCAAGUCUGAACGCAACAUACAUUCAGCCAAUUGCGAGAUGCAGCUGCGCUUGGUGGUCAAUACUAAGAACUACCUCUACACGCACAAUUUCACUUACGUGGAUUUCAACGUAGACGAGAACGGUUUAUGGGUUAUUUAUGGAUUACUCUCCAACAAUACGGUGGUGGCGAUGGAUCCUGCAAAGAUGACGAUUCAGUACGCGUGGAACAUCAGUAUCGAUCAUCAUAGAUUCGGAGAGAUGUUCAUCGCGGGCGGAGUGCUUUACGCUAUACACAGUGUCACCGAAGAAACUAUGAAGAUACGAUUUGCCUUCGAUCUGUAUCAAGAAACGAUGCGGGACGUUUCACUGUCGUUCACGAAUCCGUAUCACAAGACCACAGCGGUCAGCUAUAAUCAUAAAACGAAGGAGCUGUAUACGUGGAACAAGGGCAACCAAUUAGCCUAUCCCGUGAAAUAUCGUGACGAAUUAAUAGGAGGAGGCAAUUAAAAAAGUAUUUUCUUCGGAAAUAUACGGUGCGUUGUUAAUCGCCGUUAAUUAAUGAGGAACUUUAACAUAUUAACGCGUCCUCUCAUUCUUCGAUCUUAUAGCUCUUCUGAGCCCUCUAUUUAUCCGAUGUACGAAAAUAAUAAACAAGAUCAAUCGAUGUGAGUAAAUAUUGUUUAUUUAGUUUAGCGCAUACGUAAAUGUAUUCUAACGAGGGAUCAUUAAAUAUAUAUUUUUAUCUGUAA